AUGCAUUGCUUUAAAAAACCUUUGAUUGGAUUGAUAAUCUCUAUUUUGACUUAUCUGAUAAUUUUUUUCGAAAGUGAAGAAGAAAAAUAUCUUAAACUACCUAUUGACUCAAGGCUCAGAAAACUAAAUUAUCCUAUUUAAAGACAUCAUAUUAUCACUGAUGACAAUUUUAAUAUAACUGUAUUUAGGCUUGGGAAAAAAGGAUCAUAUUAAUUUAAUUAAGGAAAACCUGUUGUUUUUGUUCCUUAAUUUUUAAACUGUAUAGAUAGUUAUGUAUUAAAUGAAGAACACUUAUCUCCUGCUCUAGUACUUGCAAACUAUGGAUUUGAUGUUUGGCUUAUGAGUACUAGGGGAGGAGAUUACUCUCCUAAUGAUGGGAAGGGCUCAGAUUUUUCUUUUCAUGAAUAUGGAUACUAUGACUUAAGUAAGACUUUCGAAUACAUUUAUUUGUUUAAUCCUCAAAAUAUUAGUGCAAUUGGUCAUUCUUAAGGAGGUAAUACCAUUUUAGUAGGACUAGCUGAAAGAAGAUUGAAAAAUGCUCAUAAAAUGAUAAUUUAUGGAGGUGGUAUAUAUGGCUAACACGCUUAAGGCUUAUUUCCAUUACUAAUUAACUCUCCAUUUGUUGAAAUUUUAUCUAAGUUUACAGAUAAAAUUAAUAUUGGUCCAAGUAGAUUUCUUUUUUAUUUAACUAAGCACUUCCAUUUUGUAUCCAGAUUAUUCUUUCAUUAUGUUAUUGACACUUUAGAGAGUGAUAUGAAUGUUAAUUAUCUAUAUCGUUUUGCUAAGAGAUCACCUUAACCUACAACAAUUUAAAAUAUUUUACAUUACAAAUAAAUGUUCGUCAAUGGUGUUUUUAGAAGAUUUGACUAUGGACCUGAAAAAAAUUUAUAAAAAUAUGGGUAACUUGAAGCCCCUUUGUAUAAUCUAAAUUAAAUACAAGAGAGUAUUCAUCUUAUAUAUGGAACUCAUGAUGUACUUGUGAGGUAACCAGAUGCAUAAAAAUUUUACUAAGAACUUAAGAAAACUUAAGCCAAAAAUGUUACUAUUAGCGAAUAUCCUUAAAUGGGUCAUAUUAGUUUUAUACUAGAUAAGAGAGCAUAAUUUUUAAAAGAAAUAAUUUCUAUCAUUGAGGAUGAUUGA